AUGCCUUCUCCCGCCCCAAAUAGGCCGUCAGCGGCUGCCAUGUCUCCGUUCGGAAGGAACAGCCAAAACGCAGCCCUGCUCGCCAAGGCCGGCAAGGCGGGAACCCCACCACGACCUUCCGCAUCUUCGACACCGAGCGGCAAACCAGCGCCAUCAACUCCGAAAGCAAACAAGUCGCUUGGAGUUGCGGGAGGGAAUGGAGGUGGAGGCGGAGGAAACAGGAGCAUCUCGCUAUCUUCCUCUUCACGUGCGUCUCCCCAGCCCUCGAAUCGCUUCGGCUCACCGUCGACUCCAGGAGGCAGUGGAGCCAACACCUUGCUCGGGGGAGCGGCUCCCUCAAUGUACGACUCAACAGGACUCCUCAGUAGGGACUUCGAAACAACCUACCAUCGGCAAUGCCGGACGUUGCUGACUGCAUUUGUGGCAGCGGCCAGGAUGUGGGAAGAGAUCGCCACGUUUGAUGGACUCAAAUGGGCGAAAGAAGCUGUGGAUGGAUGGGAGGAGUUUCACGCUGCAACAAGGCUCAACAAAGACGAUAUGGCGCCCGUUCGAAAGGCCAAAGGUCCGGCGAAGCUGAGCUCAAGCACACAAGACACGAAGAGGGCGAUGGCUCUGGAUCCCAAGCAAGCCCAUGAUCCGGUGGACGGGCCAGGCGGACUGAAAGAAUCACGUAUGGCUGAUGCAACUGCUCGCAUCGAGGCAGCGCACGACGGGCUCGCGGUUGUUCUGGAUCGAUUGAACAAGGCGCUGGCCAAGUUGACCACAGCAAGCGACUCGCUACGCAGCCUGCUCGAAGAAGCCGCACAGCGCAAAGGCCUCGAGUUUGCAUUCCAAGAUCCACUUUGGGCCUCUUGGCCACUGGAGCGCUUCGUCGAGCGGGUGUUUGAUCUGACAUCACAGUAUCGGGUGUCGACACAACACCUGGAUCUUCUUGUGCCGACGCUGAUCCAGUCAGGCGAACGACCGGCGUCAACGAAAGCGCGAGACACGAACGAAGCGCAACAGUCGACAAGCAAGGCUCGCCGACAAGCGUACGAGGCCUGGAUCAGCCUUCCGCACCUCGAAACGAGAGGCUCACAGAGUUUGGUCGGCCUGGAGGAGUUGUGCGAGGUCGAGGUGGGCCGUUGGAAAGAGUAG